AUGUCACAACAAAAUGAAGCCACUGCAACCCCAAAACAAAGGAGGAAGAAGGCAUGCUCCAAGUGUCAUGCUUUGAAGAUGAGGUGUAUAUAUGACAACUCCAAGUCACCUGUGGAAUGUGAGAGAUGUUUGGCCACUGGCCAAGAGUGCAACUUCAUGAGAUCAACGUUGGAAUCCGAAAUUUUGGAGCAGAUUUUGUUGAAAGUGGAAGCACUGGAAGAUUCUGUUACUCAGUUUGCAAGCUCAGCGCCUAUUGAACUGGAGGGGUCAAAAACUGGAUCAUCGCCCAAAGUGCUAGAAGAGCAGAACAGUGUGAUCAGCCAUAACAGACAGGAUUACCUUAAAAGCCUUCUUUGGACGGAAAGAACGAUAGAUCCAUUAGACACGCUGCCUGGGGCCAUUUCGCAGCUUUUGAGCCAUCUCCAGAUAAAUACUGCUGCCUUGGAUCAACAGUUUGAGGAAAGGCAAGCAGAGGACUUGAGAUGGUCUGUUAGUGAUUUGGAUGAAGCCAGCUCUGCAAAAUUACUCACAUUCUUUCGUCUCCAUCUGGCCAGAUAUCUUCCAGUUUUGAUAUUCAAUUACGUUCCACGAAUCACAGAGGAAAUGAAGGAGGAAUCGCCGUUCUUAUACUACACUAUCUUGGCCGUGUCGUCAAUGAACCACCAAUCCUAUCAACACUUUCAUUACUCGCUAAGAGAAGCGGUAAAACAAUAUCUUGAAAAUAUUGUUCCUGACAGUCUGUUUUUGCCUUCAGGAGUUCCAAUUGAUUUUUUGAGCCUCAUAAAUGAGAUAUUAGCGUGCUCCGUGGGGGCUGCCUGGCUGUGUGGAGACCUGGGCUACAAAAUGAGUUUGAUAGCCAGUGAUCUCGUUGGUAGAUUGACCCCAAAUGUUCUGAAGUCCCUGAAAAUAUCAUCUGAUCAGAAAAAUAUUGUUUAUUUUUUCAGUGUGAUGACAUUCAUCAUGGAGCAGCGUUACAGAAUAACGCAUUACAAAGUGCAGGACUUUGCACCAAACACCGAGAUGAUCCACCAAAGAGACCUAUAUGUUUCUCAGUACCUUCAGUCAAUUCAUUCCAACAGAAGGGACACCAGGAUUUCGCGUGGGGCAUUAAAGGCAGACGCCAAUGUCGAGCUAUGUGCGGUGAUUAUGGAUCUGCAGAAGAAGAUCGAAAAUACCAAAACUCCCAACCAAUUCCUGGAAUAUUCUCAUGAACUGGAUAUGUGGCUUUCAGACUGGAUUUGCAAGCUGGCAUGUAGCCUGACUUCUACCUCGUUGAAGCCACUGAUUGCGGCUUUUCAAUUUGUGAAACUUCAUCUGAAUAGCCAUGCUGCUUUCGUUUCAAUGUCUCACGCAAUACCGGGUAUAGAGUCUCAGCAUUUUCUUUCAAAGAGUGAAAGCAUAGCAUUGGAUACUCUUGAGAUGAUCAAGUAUGAUUCGGACAUAAAACGGCUUAUUUGCUUUGGACCUGGGUUUUUCGCGACGAUCUUUCUCACUGCCAUAGCCGUUCUUGCCAAGACGGUUUUGUUCGCUUCACAACUUAAUUAUCAGUGUGACGUCAAUAGGCUGAUGACGACAAUAGUUGAGUGCCACCAGAUUAUGCUUGAGCUUAUUCCAUAUACAAACUUUGCUGGAAGCAUUUCGGUUCACAGACUGGGAUUGUGUGUGGAAAAGCUGAAGAAACAGGUUGAGAAUAGCCCACCGAACCCUCCAGCAAAUACCAGUGUCGACCAAGCCCAUACGGCCUUCAAGAGCCAAUUUGGUUAUGAAGAUCAUCGUGGUUCCAAUAAAGCUCUUCCAAAAGAAUUGUUGACUUUUUCUGAAGCCUUCGACAGAAGAUCGCCUUCCGCAUUCGAUACUUUCAACUACCAGAGUCUCUGGAGCAAGAACCUGGACGACUAUGAUUUAUAA